AUGAUUAAAGGGAUCAUUUUAAUCUUAUCAUUAUGGAUGAUUAAUGGAUUGAUGGCACAUUUUGCAGGAGGCCAUACUCUUCCACCAUAUAGACCACCUGAUACUACUAGAGAUGUUAUUACAGCAUAUUACUCUAAUCAAACCUAUUGUGUCGGACCAGCUACACUAAGAGUAGAGUUUAAAGAGGUGGUUCUCCAAAAUUGCGGAACUCCAGGUCAACAAUGGAAGUUUAACCCAUCAGGCUCAGUCAGUUUGGCUGAAAACUAUUGUCUCGAUAUCUUUGGUGGGAGUCCAAAGGAGAAUACACCAGUUAUUAUGUAUCCAUGCUACAAUCCACCAUCUGCCAACCAACUUUGGCGUGUAGAGGGAAACAGAAUCGUUUCCAAACUCAAUGGCUUAUGUCUGACAUCACUUGGACCAAAAUUGGGAUUGAUAAUGAAACCAUGUAAUAUGGCAUCAUUCUCUCAAUUCUUUAAUACCCCUCAAUUGGUUCAAUGUUGA